AUGCACCUGCUUUCUGGCCCGCCCCUCCAAGGCAACCCGCAGGGGUUAGCUUUGACCCGAGAGGAGGGAAGCCCUGAAACUGCAUAUCCUUUGACCAAGAGUCAGGAGAGCAUAUGGCUAGAGUAUCAGAAAGAUGCUUCGAGUACCAAGUACAAUGUCACCCUGGAAUGGGAGAUAUCAGACGCAACAAAGGGUGCCCCUUGUGUUCGCCAGGUUCUACAAGCCAUCUACGCACUCACCGAGCGCCACGCCAUACUGCGUUCUACCAUAACAUCAAUAGACGGCGCUCCACACUUGACAGAAUGGAAUACCGGCAUUGUUGAUCCGGACAUCCACAUGGUGUGCCGGAACAAUACGAUCUCUGAACAGUCCCUCAGUCGACUUCUCCGACGCCCCUUUUCGUUGGAGGUUGACCCACCCGUUCGCUGGACAGUCAUUCAAUGCCCGACGGCAUUGCGUGUUUUCCUCGUCGGACACCAUAUUGUUGUGGAUGGGCAUGCGCUGUCCGUGCUGUCCAAGGAGUUCGUCGUUAUGUUGAACGACGAUGGUGCACAACUUCCUCCGCCGCCGUCAUUCAGCAGUAUGAAUCUCAUCGAGCAACAAUGGUUGGGUUCACAGAGUUAUUUGGAUAGCUGCAAAUCGGUGAUCGAUCAAGUUCGGACCAAGAACAACUCGCAGUGGCCAAGAACGACCGCGGCACACAAGAUGACGCCAGAGAACAGUGCGUAUCGUGCAAUCUACACGAUGCACGACUUUACUAUAGAUGAGCUCACGGCUUGGGGACAACAAUAUUCCACAACAUGGUUUCGAGUUGUAUCAUCAGUUCUUGCGCUCUUGGUGAUAGAUCAGACGAGACCACAGUUCGGCAUGGACGAAGUUCUUUCUGUCGGGUUCCGGGGCCGCCCAGAAGGGAUGCACGCGUGCGUUGGCCAAUUUGCCAACAGUCUGCCGGUCAAAUUCCCGCUGUGGGAGGCGCAGAAACAAACCGGAACCUUCAAGACCCUGGUGGCAUUAGUUUCCAAAAACAUUAGCAUGGUGAAGAAGUCGGAGCUCCUUUCCGAUAUGGAAAUUGUACCAUUGGCCAAAACGCUCAACCUCGACUAUCAGCCACCGCGCAUUGCCAUUACCUGCCCUCCAAAACUUGCAAACGAUAAUUGCCAUCUCUAUCCGCUCGAAGGGUCGUGGGAUGUAUUGUUCUACUUUGAGCAUCAUCUAGCUGGAGUCAAGCUUGGUGUCAUAUAUGACCCCGCAUUUGUCUCCAGCACACAGCUGAACUCGAUGAAGCUAUUACUGAGGAAUCUCGUUACAAUCAGCAGAAGACCGGAUGCCCUGCUAUCUGAAAUGCUUGAAUGGAUACCUACAUACGCCUCCUUGCCAGCCGCCGUGCAAUCACCGCAAGGAAACCCAAUGAAGCACGUUCAUCACUGGAUUCAAGCUCAUGCCGACACGAGCCCGAACAGCAUGGCCCUGUAUUCGAAAGAAAUGAAAACUUCCAUGACAUAUGGAGCAUUGGACAUUUCUGCGGAGUCAAAGGCAAAAUGUCUCAUCGUGAACGGCGUUCCUGCUCGAGGCAGAGUCCUCAUCAAUGUUCGACGCGGUUUUCAGGUCAUUGAAUGGAUUUUUGCCGUGUUCAAAUGCGGAUCGGCUUUCGCCUACAUGGAUCCAACCCUUGCUGAGAAACAAAAGGCCAUUAUCGUGCGCAACUUCAAGCCAAGUCUGGUGGUGGAUGAUGCUUUCCUUCGAGACGUUUAUUCUUCCUUCCAAGAAGGAACUUCCGAGGUCAACACGAAGAUAACCAGUAAUAACACUGCUGGUGACGACCUUGCUUACAUGAUAUACACCUCUGGAUCCACGGGAGAGCCCAAGGGCGUCAUGGUGGAGCACCAAAACAUCGCGGCAUUCAUCCAGUCAAGCAUCAGCGCCGCGAGAUGUGGAUUCGGAAGUCGUAUCCUGCAGUUGGCUGCCUUUACAUUCGAUGCGUCGAUUCUCGAAUGGGCGACAGCGUUGUGUACAGGCGGCUCGCUGUGCUUUGCUCAAUAUCCCGAACGUUUGGUGGGCGACUACCUUGCGGACGUGAUAGACGAGAACAAGAUUUCAUUCUUGCAGAUCACCCCGACAGCAUUGGAAACCUUACCCGUGUCAAGAAAGGUGCCGACCCUGAGAUACAUCUCGGUCGGAGGCGAGGCACCGUCACGAGAGACAUUCGCAAAGUGGCAUUCUCGUGUUGAUCUGAUCAAUGUCUACGGUCCGACCGAGGCAGCUGUGGCCGUGACGUACAACCUGAUGGAAAAGGCCACACCUCUUUCCAAGUUCGUUUCCGCCGGUAUCCCCAACCGAGGAACUGGUAUUCAUAUCUGUGAUGAAGGCUUCGGUCCCAUCCUCGAACAGGGAGUGGGCGAGAUCUGCAUCUCCGGUGCGCAGGUAGCAAGGGGAUACUGCGAGAACCCUACCAUCACGGCUCGGAACUUUGCCGUCCACUCCUCCGGUAUACGCAUGUAUCGCACAGGGGACCGCGGCAUGUUUCUAGACGAUGGCUCGCUGGUGGUUUUGGGACGCAUCGAUCGAGAGUUGAAAAUCCGGGGUUUCCGAAUCGCUCCGGAAGAGAUUGAAAAUGCCAUUCUGGAAGCUGGUAUCGGCUGUCACGAGGCUUCGGUACAAAAAUCAGAAAACGGCCUCGAGAUGAUUGCGUUUGUCUCUCCCGCGACAAUCUCGCCGAGCGAGCUGAGGACGUUGCUGCGGAAUUCACUACCAGGCUACAAAGUUCCGUCAAGAUUUUACCCUCUCCCCACCCUUCCAAAGAGUACUACCGGAAAGAUUGAUCACAAAAAGGUCCGGAUGAACCUGUCGAAGCUGACCGAGGAGCACGACUUGGGCGCCUCCCUGUUUCCAGACGAUCAUGCAUCGGAGAGAAAGGGGUAUACAUCUCGGGCGUCGAUUCAGGAAACGACGGAGGAAAUGGUCCAGAGAAUUUGGCAGCAAGUCUUGGGCGCGUCCAAUUCUUUGCCAAAAGAUGUCAACUUCUUCGACGUUGGCGGCCAUAGCUUGCUUAUGCCCAAGCUCCAUGAAGGACUCAAGGCUGCUUUUCCCACAAUUUCAGUGAGGUUGGUGGAUCUUUUCCAACACAGCACCAUACAUUCGCAGACGCUGCUGCUUCAAGGAAACAGUGGCGGUAGGAGUGAGGUUGUCACUCCUUUCGAAACUGCGCCAGGAAGCAGCACGCAUUCGUCACUUAGGGUUUCAACCGUGGCAUCGCCGGGCAUCGUUACCGGCGCCACCUCGCCAGCGAUAUUAACACCACCGCUAGUGGAAAUAGACACCAAUCACCACUCAGGGGUUGCCAUAGUAGGGCUCGCUGGUCGAUUCCCCAAGGCUGCGAAUGCAAACGAGUUCUAUGACAAAUUAAUGGAUGGAUACUCUGGCAUUACGGACUUUAAGAAGAGAACCGAACCUGAGGCUAUACCAGAGGCUAUCUGGGUUCCUAGGGCAGGGGUGCUUGACAACAUCGAGCGCUUUGAUAAUGAUUUCUGGAAGCUGUCCAAAGAAGAUGCCACUGAUAUGGACCCCCAGCAUCGCAUAUUCAUGGAAGUGGCUCAUGAAGCUCUUGCGGAUGCGGGCAUGGAGGCAGCAGACUUGAGACGCGAAUGCGUGGGGUUGUUCAUCGGCGCGGCAAGCGACAGCUAUCACCUUCAUACGAAAUCAGUCAUCAAAGAUCCAUUUCUUUUGCAGACGAAAAGCUCAAUGACACCGUCCAUCUCAGCUCGGGCAGCGUAUCAUCUCAACUUGAGUGGUCCAAACGCCACUGUUCAAACAAGCUGUGCCAGCAGUACUGUUGCGUUUGCCAUGGCGUACGAUGCCAUUCGGCUGGGUCGAUGUAAUGUUGCUAUUGUCGGUGGGGUUUCUAUCCAGCUUUACGAGGGGGGUUAUCUCACUCGAAAAGGACACAUUUUGUCGACUAGAGGAGAAUGUAACCCAUUCGAUAGUAGAGCUGACGGCCAGGUGCCGUCGGAUGCAGUCACAGCUGUUGUAUUGAGGGGGUACACAGCUGCCACGGAGGCCUCGACAGUUUCAUAUGCCAACGUCAUGGCGGCAGCAUCUGGGUCCGAUGGCGCCAUUGACAAGGCUGGAUUCCAGGUUCCCUCCGCACGAGGGCAGGCCGAAGUCAUCAAGGCAGCAUGGAGGGAUGCCAAAGUUCCGUCGCAAGGCCUUCAAUAUGCGGAAAUACAUGGAAGCGGAACAGUCGUUGGCGAUGCCCUGGAGCUGGAGGGUCUCGGUCUUGCCAUGAAGGAGCUGAAGCUAGAUGGGACUCGGAUCGCAGUAGGCACGGCGAAGGGAAACAUUGGCAACACACAGCAAUCGUCAGGGUUGGUCUCACUGAUUAAGCUUUGCAAAUCCAUGCAGAAUGGGCUUGUCCCUGCCAUUAAAGGCCUCGAUGAGGUUCAUCCGGCCAUUGACGAUACCUUGCCGAUCGAUUUUGCACGUCGCCGAAUGCGCCUUCACCCCGGCAAUCUCCUUGCGGUUUCAGCAUUAGGUUGGGGAGGCGUCAACUGCCACAUUGUCUUGGGCUUUCCAAGAGAGCAUCUACUGAAACGAUCCACGAAGGUUCUUUCUGAAUCAAGCUUCAAUCACAGGAUCCUCGCGGCACCGCGGUUGAAAAAGGCACCCAUCCCAGUGAAUCACACAGCUGCUUCACAAGUUACAUUCGCUUCCGACAACUCGAAUGAUCAUCCAGCACCUGCGACGAAGCCUAUCUCACUCAAAGAGCGACAUGUCAACGAAGUGAAGAUUGACAAGGCCGAGCAGAUUCAACAUUCUCGGACGCAAAGUGAUGAGAACAAACAGCAGAAAUCCGACGUCGAGAUGGAACUGAAAAAGCUAUGGGCCUCGGUACUUGUAAAGCCAGACACGAGCAUCAGCUCUUCUGAUAGCUUCCUGCAAAUUGGAGGUGACUCCAUUUCUGCCCUCCGACUGGUUUCCGUGGCUCGUCGGCAUAACAUUGGCCUCACAGUCGCCAUGGUUUUCCAGCACCCUCAGCUUUCGGAGAUGGCUGCACAUGCCAAGGUCGUGAAAGACGAAAUGUCAGGGAUUGUCAGGCCAUUCAGUUUGAUCUCAAACAACGAGGUGGACGAGGUGAUGAACGAAAUUCGUGACCAGUGCGGAUUGUGGCCCGAGCAAACCAUCGAGGACGCAUACCCUUGUACAACAUUACAGGAAGGGCUGAUGGCUCUUUCGGUUACUCGACCUGGCUCAUACAUCUUGAGAAAUGUCUUCCGCCUGGCUAGUCACGUCGAUGUUUCUCGCUUCAAAGCUGCCUGGGAAAUGACAGUCAAGAAAUGCGCCAAUCUUCGGACUAGAAUUGUGCUUGUUGGGGAUCAGCAUAUUCAGGCCGAGGUCACCGAGGAUGUGCUCUGGAGGUCCGUUCGAACUGCUAACCCUAAAGCAUUCCUGAAAUCUGAUCACAAACUUGUCAUGGGCUACGGUACACCCCUCUCUCGUUACACGCUUCUUGAAGACGAGGGAAGCAAUCCCAAACGGUAUUUUGUGUGGACGGCCCAUCACGCAGUAUUUGACGGCUGGACCAUGCAAAACAUUAUCAAAAUUUUCACGAGUGCGUAUGAAAGGUCAAGAAUACCGAGCAUUCGUCCGUUUUCUGCGUUUGUUGAUUAUACCAUGAAACUCAAGGCCGAAGAGUCCAAGGCGUACUGGAAGGAACAGCUUUCAGGAGCUCAAAGAUCAAUUUUCCCAUUCGUUGAAGAUGAGGCAAAGAUUGGGCAAGAUACGAAGACAACUACGCAGAUAUUACAGCUCCAACAGAGGUCUCAGAGCUCUAUUACGAAAGCCACAAUUAUCCGGGCCGCAUGGGCCAUUGUUCUGGCACGCUACAACGAAUCUGACGACAUUUGCUUUGGCACUGUUGUUUCGGGACGACAGGCCCCAGUUGUGGACGUGGAGUCUGUCACCGGUCCCAUGAUCGCCACCGUCCCAGUCAGAGUUCGUCUGGAUAAAGAGCAAACCGUUGCCAACUUCCUCCACGAUGUCCAGGCUCAAGCGUUGAAUAUGGUUCCAUUUGAACAGUUUGGGCUGCAAAACAUCGCCAAAGUCAGCGACGACGCCAAGAAAGCAUGUGAGCUCUCUAACCUGAUUGCUGUUCAACCAAUGGAACAGAUGUCCUCUUUUGACGGAGACUGCAGCGAAGUUUUUGUUCAGACCGAUGACGAUGAAUAUGAUGCCAACGAGAUCCUCGAAAGCUACUUCACGUACCCCCUCGUGGCCCAAGCUAAGGUGUUCGAGUCGCACAUCAGCUUUGAAGUUACUCACAAGGUCGAUGUUGUAUCUGAAGCUCGGAUUGUUGCUUUGGGCCAUCAUAUGGAGCACGUCACAGCGCAACUUUUGAUGUGCGCCGAUUCUUCUGACGACAAGACGAUGCUCCUGGGCGACUUGUCCGUUGCAGGUUCUUGGGAUCUCCAGCAGGCUACCGACUUCAAUAUGAUGGAAGACCCUGAUUCUGCAGAUGCCUGUCUCCACGAUGUAAUUUCGCAGGAGUCGCAAAAAGCCUCAUCACGCGAGGCCAUUUACACCAAAGACGUUUCCUUUACAUAUGGCGAUCUUGACCAGCAUUCCACUCGUCUUGCACAUGAGCUUGUCCGAGCUGGAGUACAAGGUGAGACUGUGCCUUUCUGUUUCGAAAAAUCUGCCUGGGAAAUCGUGGCAAUGCUUGGAAUCUUGAAGGCCGGUGCCGCAUUUAUGCCUCUCGACCCUUCAUACCCCGUUCGAUACCGGAGCAAACUCAUGGCGCAGGUUUCUGCUCGCACUGUGCUAGCAUCUCCUCAAACUUCGCCGCUAUUCCAGUCCGACGCAUUCAAUGUCAUUGUCUUGUCUUCCUCGUCACCCUUCCUCACCAGCACAUCCUCAAUCGAACCACAGAAACUACCUCAGUGCACAAAGAACAGUGCUGCUUACGUUUUAUUCCCUUCUAAAUCAACUGGCAAGCACCGUGGAGUCGUCAUUGAGCACUCUGCGGCAUCAUCGAGUUUCUUGGCGCUGCAAAAGAAGCUAAACAUCGGAACGACAACUCGCCACCUACAGUUCUCGAAUUAUACUUCUGACACAUGUAUCGGCGAAAUUCUUGGGACUUUGGCGUGCGGAGGUACCAUUUGUGUACCCUCUGAAGAUGACCAGCUGCAAAAUCUGGCUGCGUUCAUAACGCAAGCUCGUGUCAACACUGCUGUGCUUACUCCGACAGUUCUUGAGACAUUGAUUCCGGGGCAAACACCUACUCUCACCCAAAUUCUUGUUGUAGGAAUGAAACUAACAAAGGACAUCGUGGAUGUCUGGGCUGACAGAGUUUCUCUGAUCAGAAUAUACGGCCCUCCAGAAGCAUGCAACGUCGCUACGAUGCAUGCCUUCAGCUCUCCUGAAGAAAGCACGUCCAUAAUUGGACGUGGUGCCAAUUCCCUUGCUUGGAUAGCCGAUAUAUUACAUCCUAGUCGUCUGGCACCUAUUGGAUGUGUUGGAGAACUGGUUAUUCAAGGGCCUGGCUUGGCACGGGGUUAUCUGAAUGAUGAUGAAGGAACAACCCAUUCAUUCACCGAUGCAGUCGACUUUCUGCCGCCACAACAGAUUUCUAGGACCGCUAAAUUCUACAGAACAGGAGAUUUGGUGCAAUACAAUUCGGAUGGUGAGCUUGAGUAUGUCUCCAGAAAGGCUACCCAGCGCAAGAUUUGCGGUCAACGUUUCGACUUGGGAGACGUAGAGUACCGUGUUCGGGAACUCGGCCAAGGACAAAUCAGCAACUUGGCGGCAGAGGUCCUUCAGCUGCAAGAGGUCGAGUUCCUUGCCGUGUUCAUCAACCUAACCGAAGAUGAAACUUCAACGCAAGCAACAUCAAUUCUUCCCAACACUGGGCCACGCCAGGUCUUUCUCAAGGACCUAGAGCAACGCAUUUCGGAGCGCAUCCCCAGCUACAUGGUACCGUCGUACUGCAUCCCAGUCUCCCGCUUACCAAAGUCAGCCGCUGGGGAAAUUGAUCGUGCUGCCCUGCGCCAGCUAGCCGAGUCUCUUGCGGCGCAAGAUCUUCUUCCCUAUUCUGCAUCUCGAGGCUCAUUAUUCCGAGAUUGUUCGAACGAUCUCGAAGCAAGGCUCCGCAAGAUAUGGGCACAAGUGCUAGGCAUCCCGACCGAGUCCAUCAGUGUCGACGACGACUUUUAUCAGCUCGGCGGUGACUCAAUCCGCAUCAUCACGCUGAUGAAGCUCAUGAAGAAGCAGUUAGGCAUCAGCAUAAGUAUUUCGACGCUGAUUGGUCGAAAAACAACCGUCAGUCGCAUUGCCGCAAUCGUCCAAAGCUCAUCAUCCAUAGCCUCGCCAUCAGAGAUGCCUCAGAUCGACGUCAUGUCGAAGCUGUUGGCUAUCACAGAUGAGGCAUGGGCGGCAGAAGCAAAUUUGGCACGGAUUGGGGCAGUCGCCACUCUGUCCGAGAACGCAACCGUUUUCUUGACGGGAGCGACAGGUUUCCUUGGGACAGAGAUUCUUCGGCAGUUGCUUCAGAAGAAACAGAUCCGUACAGUGGCGGUCCUCGUCAGGGCAACAUCGACUCUUCAAGGAUUGCAACGAAUCAAGCGAACAGCUGUCAUCGCGAAAUGGUGGAAUGAUGCAUAUGAGGAGAAGUUGGAGAUUUGGACUGGAGAUCUUGGCGCGAAGCAACUCGGCCUUGAUGGCAUAUACUGGAAUCGACUGGCUGGACAGGCUGGUGACGGCAAUAUUGAUGCUAUAAUUCAUAACGGCGCAGUUGUCAACUGGAACGAUGACUACGAAAAGCUUCAAGCGCCAAACGUUGACUCCACGAUCUCUCUGCUGAAGUUGGCCAUAGCCUCUCCUGCCAAGCCGAGACUGGUGUACAUAUCUGGAGGCAUCAAGACAGAUCCGCAAGACGAUAGAGCCAAAACCAGCAAGAAGUUGGCAGGUACAAACGGAUACGCUCAGACAAAGUACGUUUCUGAAGCCGUCAUCUCAGAGAUUGCGUCAAGGCUUUCAGCGAGCACUAAACAGCAGCAAAACCGAUUCUCAGUCGUCAAGCCCGGGUUAAUUAUAGGUACCGCCAAAGAGGGAGUAGCUAACCUUGACGACUUCCUCUGGCGAAUAACGGCAGCGGCCGCAGCCAUGAAAAUAUACCCAGAGGAAUCCAACAACAGCUGGUUGUACGUGUCAGACUCGAGCACGCUCAGUCAGAAAAUCACACGCCAACUCAUUGUCCAAGAAGGGGAGGCGUUUGUGGAUCUGUCACUGGGUUUGCCGACCAGCCAGUUUUGGGGGCUUGUAAAUUCGGAACUGGAUAUUUCUUGCAAGCCAGUACCAUGGGAGUCUUGGAUACGAUCCGCCGAGGAGCAAAUGCAAAAAGCUGGUGAACGUCACGUUCUCUGGCCCGUUCAACAUUUCCUUGGCGGUCUUGGAUACACUGUCAAGACGUGCUCUCCGGCAGAGGAAGGGUCUGAGCUCCCAUUGGCGAUUAAGGCAAACGUGCGCUACCUAAGGCGUCUUGGAUUCAUACAACAGCAGUCUCAGGAGCCCACGCAAGUUAAGGGUGAUGUCCUACGUCGCUCACAUGCGGGUGCAGUUGCAUAA